UGCACAGGCCACGAGGAGGUGGACAAUUAUCUCAUCAGCACUGCAGUCAUCUCAAGGGCAGUAUGCUUCAGGAGUGAUACUGUGGCUCUGCACAAAGGAUCUAUUUGGAAGUGCUUGUUUGUGAGUUCUGGCGGCAAAGCAUUCUGCCAUGUGACUUUGAUAAUCUGCUCGUGGAACCAUCGAACAGAGUCCACCGUGUCCUUCUCCCACAGGGCCACCAGGACAAACUGAGCUGACCACAACCUGAUGGACCUGUGGUCAGAGGUGUUUAUCCACAGGAACUUUUCUACAAAGGACAGGCGGUGUGGCAAGGUCCAACUGAAUAGGACAUUGUGUGACAAUGAAGGCAGGCCCUUCCUUCACAUCGGGGAUGGGCAGAACCUCAGGACCCAAUGACAUUUGGUGUUUGCGUACUGAGAACCUACACACAACAUGAUGCAGUGACACACAAAGGUGGCCAUCAGGGUGAGGGCUAUGGAGAAACAAGCGACUGCAGGUCUAGAGCAAAAAAACACAGGAUGCCGGAGAAACUUAGUGGAUCAGACAGCAUCUGUGAAGGGAAAUGGACAAUCAAUGUUUUGGGUCGAAACCUGUCAUCUGGACUGAAAGAGAAGUACAGUUCCCUCAUUCACUUCCUGGUUGUGUCACUCUGCAUCAGAUCCCGCCCAUGCUGAUUGUAAGAGCAAACAAUAAGUCACUGACGGGAACAUCUGCACCCAGGGAUUGCUAAAGUCCGGGAGCUGAGAGACAGGGAAGACGAUUGUGCAUUUUAUUGAUGCAUUAAUUUCAUAACUUGAUGCGAUUGGCUGAAGAUUGUUGAAGUCCAGCUCCCGAUCGGAUUUGCAACCAUUUGAAGCUUCGUCAAAACCAGAUGCACUGACUUGAAGAAUACUGGGAAUCCUGGCAGACAGCCUUGAGUAAGAAUAUUUGCCACAAUGGACAACGAAGCUCACAGUCUCUUUGAGAAGUUCCUGCAAGGAAAGACAUGUAGGGAGACGCUGAGUCUAUUCCAGGAGCUCUGCCGCCUUCUGUGCCUGGAUCCCACAGACUAUCGCAGCUUCUACCACAAGCUCAAAGGCAGCCUCAAUUACUGGAAGGCCAAAGCCUUGUGGGCUAAACUGGAUAAACGAGCAGCACAUAAGGAUUAUGAGCAAGGCCAGGCUUGUGUCAACACAAAGUGUUUGGUUCUAGGAUCCGGCCCGUGUGGUCUCCGAACUGCCAUUGAGCUUGCAUUUCUUGGGGCCAAAGUCUUUGUUGUAGAGAAAAGAGAUGAUUUCUCACGGAACAAUGUACUGCACCUGUGGCCAUUCACCAUCCAUGACCUGCGAGCUCUUGGAGCUAAGAAAUUUUAUGGAAAAUUCUGUUCUGGUUCACUUGACCAUAUCAGUAUCCGACAACUGCAGCUUAUUCUGCUGAAAGUGGCCCUCAUCCUAGGUGUUGAGAUCCAUGUAAAUGUGGAAUAUAAAGGAUUAAUAGAACCUCCAAAGGACAAAGGGACAGGGUGGCGAGCUCACCUUCUCCCAGCUGGUCAUCCAGUGUCUGAUUAUGAAUUUGACGUGUUUGUCUCUGCUGGUGGAGGCAAAUAUGUUCCUGAAGGAUUUAAGAAGAAAGAGAUGAGAGGAAAACUGGCAAUUGGAAUCACGGCCAAUUUUGUUAACAACCACAGCACAGCAGAAGCUAAAGUCCAAGAAAUUAGUGGAGUCGCCUACCUCUACAACCAGAAGUUUUUCCAACAGCUCCACAAGGAAACAGGCAUUGAUCUGGAAAACAUCGUCUAUUACAAGGAUGAUACUCAUUAUUUUGUGAUGACUGCAAGAAAACAGAGCCUGCUCAAAUAUGGAGUCAUUCACGAGGACAAGCAGGACGCGGGUUCUCUGCUCUCUGCACACAACGUUAAUUCCGACUCCCUCCUACGCUACGCUCAUCAGGCUGCAAAUUUCUCCACGAAGCAGCAGCUGCCAAACCUAGAAUUUGCCACAAAUCACCAGGGAAAGCCGGAUGUUGCCAUGUUCGACUUCACCUGCAUGUACAGGUCAGAAAACUCCGCUCUGGUGAAGGAACGACAUGGACGUCGGUUACUGAUCGCCUUGGUGGGAGACUGUCUGGUGGAGCCCUUCUGGCCUCUAGGGACUGGAAUUGCACGUGGAUUCCUCGCAGCUUUUGAUGCUGCAUGGUUAGUGCGGAAGUGGGGCAAAGGAAUUGCCCCUGUGGAGCUCCUGGCUGAGAGGGAGAGUAUCUAUCAACUGCUGUCUCAGACUACCCCUGAAAACACAAACAAGAACAUUAGUCAAUACAGCAUUGAUCCACUCACUCGAUAUCCCCAUGUUAACCUCAGCUAUUUCAAACCUAACCAGGUGCAACAUCUGUAUGAUACAGGGCAAACCACAGAUCUGGAGAACAAGACCAGCCAGCCAAAGGGAAAGAUGCUUCGAAAUGAUUCUGGUACAGGAUAUGAGGAGCUGCUUAACUGGUUCCAAGUACUCACAGAAGGGUACAAGAAUGUAAAGGUCGUUGACCUGACAGCAUCCUGGAAGAGUGGUCUGGCAUUGUGUGCACUCAUUCAUCAUUUUCGCCCUGACCUUAUUGACUUUGAGAGUUUAAAAGAAGAAUCUGUGGCAGAAAACAACCAACUAGCCUUCAAUAUAGCGGAAAAUGAGUUUGGAAUCUCACCAAUAAUGACAGGGAGAGAGAUGGCUACUCUCGCUAGUCCUGACAAACUCAGCAUGGUCAUGUACCUGACCCAGUUCAAUGAGUUCUUCAAGAAUUUACCCCCAGGUCACCAAGGCAGUAGCAAAAAGACGAUGAUGUCUCUGGCAUCUGCUAAGUCAGCGCUCAUGUUCCUUAGUUCGCUGCGGAAAAGUGUGGCCAACAAACGAAGCUCAGUGGAAAAAACAGAUUUUGACACUGACAAAAAGAGACAAAAGGCUGAGGCUGAACACGGAACAUUAUCGACAGAAGAUCCAAAUAUGUCCUUGGUUAGGCAAAAAGCGAUAGAUUCGCCAUGGACUGAGAACAGCAAAGAGCAAAAUGAACAUCCAGAGAAAUCCAUUGAGACAACUGGUGAAGUUAAAAGACAGGGCUCCUUCAGGCAGGUGGAAGGCCCCAGCAGCAGUGAGGUCUGCUAUUUGUGUAAGAAGCGGGUCUAUGUGGUGGAACGCUGCAGUGCCGAGGGCCACUUCUUCCACCGGGGCUGCUUCACGUGUCACCAGUGCGGUACCACCCUGCGCCUCGGAAACUAUGCCUUUGAUAGCAGAGAUGGCAAGUUCUAUUGCACUGUUCACGACACCAGUUCACUGAGCUCCAAUGAGAAAAAUGAGGCAGAAUCAGCUUCAACUGCAAGUAAGGAUGUUCUGGAUGGAGAAAUGGAAUGGUGCAUUGCUUUGGAGAAGAUUGGAGAUCACAAACCAAGUGCUGAAGCAUCAGUGGACAAAAGUGAAGAGAUUGGCUUUGAUAAAGACCAGAUGGACAUUGAAAAGCAGCUAAAGGAAGGCAUUGAUCAAUGUGACAGGCAAACAGAAUCGGCAGGAAAAUACGGAGAAGAAGACAUAGAUGAAGGUCUCCAAGAUUUGGGAGAAAUUGAAAACCAAUGGGAUGAAGAAAACAAACUCACAGAGAAAGGUCCUUUUGAAUGCACAGAACAUAGCAGAGUGCCUGUCAUGAGGCAUCUUGCAUCACCUGGCAGGAACCCUUCACCAGACAUGGAUCAGGCUUUUGUUUCACAAUCUAUGGUAGACCACCAGAGGUCUGACCAUGAAUCCAGCAGUAACUCCAGUCUUGCAGCAGGAUCUGGAAGAAAUUCCAUGGAUUAUAAAAAUAAUGUUGAAUCAGCCAAUGCAGAGUAUAAACAUCAUUGUGAAGAAUGUUCUCCAUCAGCUACCCAGUCUACAGCUACAACAUAUCUCACUGGCACAAACAACAUCCCGUCUUCUUCUUUUGAACCAGUGCUUGAUGACAGUGUCAGGCCAGCUGGCAAUAAAACUAAAAUUAAUGCUGAGAGAGUUGAUAUCUCCAAGACAAAGCAGAACUCAACUUCUGAUAAGAUUAUCAAAGCAAAUCUUGAGUUCCCCGAGUCGUUUACCCCUGAGUCUUUACCUUCACAUCCUAGCAAACCCUUGCACAUGGACAAUGUCAACGGGACAAUAAAUACCGUCAACUGUAAGGAAGCUUCCACAAAUGAAUACCAGAGUUGCAUAGCUUCUCCUGGUGUUAAUAGUGUAAACAUUAAAGUGAGUGUAGAGGACACUGUAAGGGAAUCUGAGUCUAGCUGUCUUCCAACAGAACUAUCUUCACUGAACUUUGACUUUAAACUAGCCAUGGAUGAGGAGAAAGACAAUGGCACAGUCCCAAAGAAGAGACUGACUCUCUCACCAAGCAUAAGACGCAAACUAACCAGACUUAGUGUAACCUCAGAAUCUGAAUCAGAUGGUCAGGAUGAUGACACACUGCACGUUAUUAGGUCAGAUGACAAACUACCAUCUGGGAGUUCAAGACUCCUUCCAUCAACUUGCAUCAGUGCAGAAUUCCAAGACUCGGGUCGGGAACGGGAGAUGCCAAGUAACUCCUCAUCCACACCAAGGAUAGGAAACAGCAGGAGCAUUGAAGAGCAAGAAAGAAGUCAGGCUUAUUGGGACAUGUUAGGUCCAAACUCAAACGACAAAUCUCAUCCAAAUGCAACUCAGCCAUUGUGUGCCAACAAUCAAUUAGAAGUACCGAAGGAUAAAACCAUGGGCGAAUUUGCACAAGAUGACAAACCAAAUGAGAAAGACUCAGGUUCUGAAACAUCAAAGUUUAAGAUUCCUCAUUUUUCCAAAAUGUUUUCUCGUAUAUCAAAAAGAGAGAAGAAAACUAAAGAACCUGUAAAUGUUACUCAGUUGCCAAAACCAGAGAUAUCAAUAGCCCAGGUAUCUUCUGUGUCCCAAGAGGAAGUGAAAUCUUGCAUCCUGAAUGAUGAUGAGGAACUGCAUGAAGAUGAGGAGGAGUCCGUAAGUGAAGAUGAACUGGAAUACAGCACCGAGCCACUACUCAAAGCUAAGCCAAGUCCUGAGGAGGCGGCUGCACGGCGGGAAACGUGGCGACGGAGAACCAUUGAACGUCGUGCAAAGCAGGAAGAGAUGGCAAGGCUUUUGAAAGCGCAGAUGAUUCAGAGGCGGUUGGAAGAGAUCGAACAGAUGUACCACGAGCUGGAGCAGAAAGGGAUUCUUCUGGAAGAAGAAAUGCGCAAAGGGGCAGGGGACCAACCACAGAUGAUGCAGUCCUGGUUUACUCUGGUGCAGGACAAGAACAAGCUCUUAAAUGAGGAGUCCGAGCUGAUGAUCAGUGGCCGUGAGCUGGAACUGCAGGAUCAGAAGAGCAGACUGGACCAGGAGCUGAGAAGGUACAUGAGCAUGAAUGCAUCAGAGAAGUCAAAGGAGGACCAUCUUGAAGAGGAGAGGAUUUUCAAAGAGAUGAUUGAGGUGGUGAGGAUGAGGGACAAGCUGGUCACGUUCUUGGAGCAGCAGAGACUACAGGAGCUAGAGCAACAUGCCAUCGUGGUUCCAGGAGCUGCAGCCAAAGACCUCUCUUUGAAUGACUUUUUGAAGUUUCGCCUCAGCAGAAGUGUUGCUUCCUGUACAGGAAUUCCUGGCUAAAGGGUCACACCUCACCCGUUUGUUCCAACACAGUCAGUAACUGCAGUGUUCUGCUGUAAGCUGCUGCUGUUACUUGCACAAUCACCUGGGAGGAAUUGAUGAUUAAAACACUGGCAACCAUUAUCUGUUUGUACAUCAGUUUCAAAGUUCCCAGUAAUAAAGUCUAUUUUAGGCAGCAACAA